AUGGCCACACUCCCAGUUGCUGACCUCUUGAAACAUCUCGAGAACUAUAGGGGCCUCCUUGAAUGCUGUACCUGGCUUGAUCUGGACCGCUUCAUUUGCUUCACCUCAAACAUCCGGCAAGAGAUCAGAUUACAUACUCCACCUGGAUCUCAUAAUCCCCCACAUCGGCUCCCAGUGUAUAUACACGACUUUUUGACCCACAUGCUACAGCUCAGUGAUGCCGUCGUUAUGCAACUCUGGGCAGGGCUCAAGAACUAUGUCUGGUCACUUGACAACCAUGCUUCUUCGCACCUUACAGAUGAGGAAAGGGAUCACAUGGGCAUUGUGGGAGAAAGAGCAUUGCGUGCUGAGGAAAAGUUAGCUUAUUAUCACACCCUCUCGCGUGUCAAGAUUGUCAUUUACCAAUCAAUGCAUGGUCUCAAUGCAAGGCAUGGGUAUUCAACCUCCCUUGCUUGCUCUGAUUGCAAAAUUCGCUACUACCACAAUUAUUAUGCUGUGGAUGGCACACGUCAGUUUUACGGCACACCUAUUCCUCAGCAUAUUCAAAUUGAGGACCAUGCUUACAUCAAGGCAGACUUGUGCGAGCUAUUCAGUGAUUUUAUGCUUUUUGCCUGGGUCUCUGCUCAGAACUGCAGCAAUAUCCUGAAUGCAGCAAUUAAUUCCGAACAGGUCUCCCGUGCAUUUUAUCUCAAUGCUUUGCUCCAGGACUCUGCAGAGCAUGGUGAAGCACUUGUACUACCUGAUAUUGGUGACAACGAUGAUCGACUCAAACUUGCAAUGGAAGUACGGAAUAAAAGGAUCAUUAGUCAAGGCCAGUUAGAGCAAAUGCAUGCUUGCUCAAAAUGUUCAUUUCGUGCUGUUGUUACAGAUGGAAUUAUGAUUGGAAGACCAUGUUGCAAGGUUCACAAUUCACAUUUCUGUCUCGAACACGCAUCAUUAAAGAAGAUCUGCGUCGUUAUUGGUUGUGAUACAAAGGCUGCGCCAGGCUCCCAGACAUGUGAAGAUGCCUCCCAUCGUGAACUUGAGAAUGCGCGAAAUGAUGUCGGUAGGGCAUUCUUCCAAUUACGCCACCUGAUUCAACGUCACAACAUGCCACAUCUUUUGGACUCAAUGACCACUCCACAUUCUUGGGACUUCGAUGACAAUGCUGAUGAUGGCACUCGUAAAUCGGACUCCGGAAAUCAACAACCAAAGGCACGUUUUUCUCGCCGCAGGACACACAAUGAGCAACUGGUCGUAGCUUGUUGUGGUGUCAUUACUGCCCGAGGAACUAUGUAUGGCGCUGAAGCAAUAUCGGGAGUCAAGGACUUCUUAAAAUCAGUUUACCCCUGCCGUGAAGAUCUUCCAGAUGUCAUAUUUUAUGACAACAAUUGUCACCUCCAAUCUCAUCUGGCUGCUCAAAAGGAUUCGUUCUUUGGCCAGGUUAUCCUCCCAGUUGAUGUAUUCCACUUCAAGUCAAAACAUAAAGUCACCGACGAGUUUUGCCAAAAGCAUUGCAACCCCGCGAGAUGGCCAGAGCUUGUGGACAAAGAAGUGGACAGUGAUGGAAAAGAGAAUGCCAAAUGGAUCUUCAAUUCCUCUGCUGCUGAACAGGUGAAUGUAUGGCUUGGUGGUUACAUCGCAAUCGUGCGCGAUAUGUUGGCCCACCGCUUUGACUUUUUCCUUGAUGAGAUGAUUAAGAGGAGAAAUGCUGAAGUUGUCGAAAAAUUGUAUCUUACUGGCCAUUCUCCAUACCAUGCUGUUUCGCAGCGCAUUUCCCCUGAAGGGACGAUUGAGAUUGGCUUCAUCGUUCCUAGUGAUGUGCAGGCCCGGCUUGGCCCGAAAGCCACGGCUAUGGCCCGGCUUUCAGCGGCUCAGGCUUGA